AUGGAUGCUGCGGGAAGGGGCUGCCAUUUGCUGCCCCUGCCAGCGGCGCGCGGACCUGCCCGCGCUCCCGCCGCCUCCAGCGCCCUCAGCCCGCCCGGCCUCUGCAGCGGCACCGCCUCGGCUCCCUCCGCGGCCGCCGGAGCGGUCGCCAUGAACCCCAGCUCCUUCGCGGGAGAGGAGAAAGGGGCGACGGGCGGCAGCAGCAGCAGCGGAAGCGGCGCCGGGAGCUGCUGCCUGGGCGCCGAGGGCGGCGCGGACCCGCGGGGCUCAGGGGCAGCGGCGGCUGCUGCCCUGGAGGAGCCCGCUGUCGCCGGACAGAAAGAGAAGGAAGAGGCUCUGGAGGAGAAGCUGAGGGACUUAACUUUCCGGAAGCAGGUCUCUUACAGGAAAGCCAUCUCCCGGACAGGCCUCCAGCAUCUGGCUCCUGCACAUCCUCUUGGCCUUCCUGUGGCAAAUGGUCCAGCGAAGGAGCCCAGAGCAACUCUGGACUGGAGCGAGAAUGCUGUGAAUGGGGAACACCUUUGGCUGGAGACCAAUGUCUCAGGCGACCUCUGCUACCUGGGAGAGGAGAACUGCCAAGUCCGAUUUGCAAAAUCCGCUCUCAGGAGGAAGUGUGCGGUCUGCAAAAUCGUGGUGCACACAGCCUGCAUUGAGCAACUCGAGAAGAUUAAUUUCAGAUGUAAACCAACAUUCCGGGAAGGAGGCUCCAGAUCACCAAGAGAAAACUUUGUGCGUCACCACUGGGUUCACAGGCGGCGGCAGGAGGGAAAAUGUAAGCAGUGUGGUAAGGGCUUCCAGCAAAAGUUCUCCUUCCACAGUAAAGAGAUUGUGGCCAUCAGCUGCUCUUGGUGCAAGCAGGCGUUUCACAAUAAGGUGACCUGCUUCAUGCUGCAUCAUAUUGAGGAACCCUGCUCCCUGGGGGCUCAUGCUGCUGUUAUUGUCCCACCCACCUGGAUCAUUAAGGUGAAGAAACCUCAGAACUCCCUGAAGGCUUCCAAUCGGAAGAAGAAAAGAACAAGUUUUAAAAGGAAAGCCAGUAAAAGAGGAACUGAGCAGGAAAACAAAGGGCGUCCUUUUGUGAUCAAGCCCAUCUCCUCUCCUCUCAUGAAGCCUUUGCUUGUCUUUGUGAACCCAAAGAGUGGGGGUAACCAGGGAACCAAAGUCCUCCAGAUGUUCAUGUGGUACCUGAAUCCACGGCAAGUCUUCGAUCUUUCUCAGGAAGGGCCAAAAGAUGCGCUGGAGUUGUACAGGAAGGUACCAAAUCUGCGCAUUCUGGCCUGUGGUGGGGAUGGAACGGUGGGCUGGAUCCUCUCCAUCCUGGAUGAGCUGCAGCUGAGCCCACAGCCUCCUGUCGGGGUGCUUCCACUGGGGACUGGGAAUGACCUGGCCCGGACGCUCAACUGGGGAGGGGGCUACACUGAUGAGCCUGUUUCUAAGAUCCUGUGUCAGGUGGAAGAUGGGACCAUUGUACAGUUGGAUCGCUGGAACCUCCAUGUGGAGAGAAACCCAGACUUGCCACCCGAAGAGCUUGAAGAUGGCGUGUGUAAGCUUCCUCUGAAUGUCUUCAAUAAUUACUUCAGCCUUGGAUUUGAUGCUCACGUCACACUGGAGUUCCAUGAAUCCCGAGAAGCAAAUCCAGAGAAAUUUAAUAGUCGUUUUCGAAAUAAAAUGUUCUAUGCAGGGGCAGCCUUUUCUGAUUUCCUACAAAGAAGUUCUAGAGAUCUGUCCAAACACGUCAAAGUUGUUUGUGAUGGAACAGAUCUCACCCCAAAGAUUCAGGACCUGAAGUUCCAGUGUAUAGUAUUUUUAAAUAUUCCCAGAUAUUGUGCUGGCACAAUGCCUUGGGGAAACCCUGGAGAUCACCAUGACUUUGAACCCCAGCGUCAUGAUGAUGGCUACAUUGAAGUAAUUGGGUUCACCAUGGCCUCUUUGGCUGCUCUGCAAGUCGGGGGUCACGGAGAAAGGCUGCACCAGUGUCGGGAAGUGAUGCUUCUGACUUACAAGUCCAUCCCCAUGCAAGUGGAUGGGGAGCCAUGUAGGUUGGCACCUGCUAUGAUUCGGAUCUCCUUGAGGAAUCAGGCCAACAUGGUACAGAAGAGCAAGCGGAGAACCUCCAUGCCUUUGCUCAAUGACAUCCAUCAGGUGCAAGCUGCGGACCUGCGGCGAGUGUCUGCUCCCCCCGGCUCCUUCACCAUUCCCCAGUCUGUCCCUGAUCGCCUGAGGAUCCGCGUAAACAAAAUCAGUUUACAAGACUAUGAAGGACUCCACUAUGACAAAGAGAAACUCCGGGAAGCUUCCAUCCCACUGGGUAUUCUAGUUGUUCGUGGAGACUGUGAUUUGGAGACUUGCCGUAUGUACAUAGACCGCCUACAGGAGGACUUGCACUCAGUUUCUUCUGGGUCACAGAGAGUUCAUUACCAGGACCAAGAAACCUCCUUCCCCAGGGCGCUCUCAGCUCAGAGGCUGUCCCCUCGGUGGUGCUUCCUAGAUGCAACUUCUGCUGACCGCUUUUAUCGAAUAGACAGAUCUCAGGAACAUUUGCACUUUGUGAUGGAGAUUUCUCAUGAUGAGAUUUUUAUUCUGGACCCAGAUAUGGUGGUGUCACAGCAGACAGGGACACCUCCAGGAAUGCCUGACCUGGUGGUUGAACAGGCUUCGGGGCUGUCUGACUGGUGGAACCCUGCUCUGAGGAAACGUAUGCUGAGCGACAGUGGGCUGGGGAUGAUCACGCCCCACUACGAGGACUCAGAUAUGAAAGAUUUCAGCCACUCCAGAGGGUUACAGUCACCAGUCUCUUCAGAAGAUCAUGCAAUUUUGCAGGCAGUAAUAACUGGUGACCUUAUGAAGCUCAUAGAAAGCUAUAAGAAUGGAGGCAGCUUGCUAAUUCAGGGGCCAGACCACUGUUCACUCCUUCACUAUGCAGCUAAAACUGGCAAUGGGGAGAUUGUGAAGUACAUCCUCGACCAUGGACCUGCAGAACUAUUGGAUAUGGCAGACAGUGAAACGGGAGAGACUGCACUGCACAAGGCCGCCUGCCAACGGAACCGGGCUGUGUGCCAGCUUCUGGUGGACGCAGGAGCAUCUCUGAGACAGACGGACUCCAAGGGAAAGACACCUCAAGAACGAGCACAACAAGCUGGGGACCCAGAUUUAGCUGCUUACCUAGAAAGCCGACAGAACUAUAAGAUCAUUGGCCAUGAGGACCUGGAAACUGCUGUUUGACCCUGGUAGAAAGGCAAAAAGAACUCAAGCAAGUUGUGCCCUCCUGGCCACCGGGCAGCUCCCCUGGAAGAAGCUGAUGGAAUCCAUAGAUGCCUCUCUCCUGCAAGGAUCUGACUGAGACCAUGCUACCAGGUUUCAAGGGCUGCAGGGUUGUACAACAGGACAUGAUAACCCAUUGAGAAGGAGGCAGGCUACCUGGAGAUUUGUGGAGUACACAUUCCACAAAAUCUGAUCCUUAUUGCUUCCAGCAAGUAGCAUGAACUUCUGUUUUCACCAGUCUAAUUUAUUUUAAAGAUUUCGAGGAUGUUCACACAAAUGGCACUGCUCCCUCCUCCCUCUCUAUGCAUUCAUCUUUCCCCUGCACCACAUAAUUCUAUUGUAAUCACCCAUCGAUUUAGAAAAUAUGCUAUCUCUUCUCUUUAUUUUCAGUCUUCCAACCACAAAAUUGUCUGAAGGUCUUUGAAACUCUCCUGGAUGUAUUACAGAAAUGUAUCUGUAAAAUCACUUCCAUUUGCAGACUAAAUAUACCACGGCUAGUUAGUGGCUUGCAUGUCCCCCUCUGGUUUCAUGACACAGGAGCUGGGAAGUGCCACAGGGCUAAUGCCAACUUGUGUGCUCUGUCUCUGAGGUUAUGAGAGCUGUCUGUGCUUGAUGUACUUUGCAGAGGUUAUCUAGGGGUCAGACCAGGCAGCUGGGUUAUUGGUGAUAGGAGGACUGGUUCGGCUUGGGCUAUUUGUACAGCUCCGCACUGCCUGUGUGCAGCCAUCUUUGCCUUCUGCUGCAGUGGAGAUGAGCCAAGGAGUCAUAGCUAGUUUACAGAGCCAUGUGAUUCUGAGUGCUGUUUCAGUGACAGGGUUAGACAUAUCUGGGGCAGUGGUGAUAGGAUAUGGAGCACUCAAAUGUUUAACCCUAAGCUUUGUAAAGUGAUAAUAGAAAGCAGUCUAAUUGACUUGAAAAAUAGAGCAAAAAAUCAAAGUAGCAAUGUAUGUUACAAUAAUAUGCUUCUACAGUAAAAUAGCCUUUGGCAUUUUGGGCUGAGACUAAUAACUACAGGCUCAUGGAUUCAGUGGUGAAAGGGGGUUUAUGUGUGUUUUUCUAAGAGUUCAGUUUUCAUGAUGUCAAAGAAGGCUUGGCACAAGGACAAAGCCUCAUUUCACCAGUUCCAUGGUCAGACUCUCAGGAUGCCUGGCACUUCUUGGUCUGUGCUUCACCUAUGUCUUUUCAGUUCUGAGAUCAUGUCUGAUCACCCCAUUUUCCAUGUACUGGGGGAAUCAAUUUUGUUCCUCUCCUUACUUUAUUUUCCCCUGUCACAAACUUCUUAAU